UCCAGCCCCAUCUUCCUGAGUUGUAAAGUGACAGGGAACCCAGGACCUGAGGAUCAUGUCUCCACUGAACACCCCAUAGAGAUAGUGUUGGCAGCCUUGGCUCUUGAAGUUGCAUUUCUACAGUGUAAAUUUUCCCUGGAUGAGGACUCUUCUUGUUCUUUGCCUGAGCUGAAGAAACACUGCACUUUAUCUCCCGUCUCUGCCAUCAGGCCCGCUGAAGAGAGAGUUCUGAGAUCUCAGCUAUAAAGAUACCCAGCCAAAGUCUCAAUCUUGCCUUAAUGAUGUUUCAGAGACUGAACAAAAUGUUUGUGGGUGAAGUCACUUCUUCUCCCAACCAAGAGCCAGAAUUUAGUGAGAAAGAAGAUGACGAAUGGAUCCUUGUUGACUUCAUAGACACUUGCAGCGGCUUCUCAGCAGAGGAAGAGGAGGAGGAAGAUGAUGACAUCAGCGAAGAGUCUCCAACAGAGCACACGUCAGUCUUCUCCUGUUUACCUGCAUCCCUGGAGUGUUUGGCUGAUACCAGUGAUUCCUGCUUCCUCCAGUUUGAGUCCUGCCCCAUGGAGGAGAGCUGGUUCAUCACCCCUCCCCCGUGUUUUACAGCAGGUGGAUUAACCGCUGUCAAGGUGGAGACGAGUCCUAUGGAAAACCUUCUCAUUGAACACCCCAGCAUGUCUGUCUACGCUGUGCACAGUUCCUGUCCCGGGCUCAGCGAGGCCGGCUGUGCGAACGAGGACUACAACCCCAGCAGCCCCAGGAUGGGAGCCCAAAGUGACAUGGGGGAACACAUUCACUGCUGUGUCACUGCCCUCGCCGCUCAGGCAACGUUUCUGGAACAACCUAAGAGCUUCCGCCCUUCUCAGUGGAUAAAGGGACACAGUGAAAGACAGUCUCUGAACAGAAAUGGCCUUCGUCGCCAAAAUCUUACCAGGGAUUGCCACACUCGACAAAUGAAGCACGGUGGCUGGGUAGUUCACCAACCCUGCCCACGCCAGUACAAUUACUGAGGACGCUGAGUCCUGGCUGGUUUCCUGGGGUUUGUGCCUAUGUAUGUGGAUGCGUGCAUACAAUGAAAUGUUUCUCCUUCUAGUCAACUGAAGACCAAUCGCCUAGUGUGUCAGUGUCUAGACACUAUCACAACCAGAUUUUUGUGCUGUUUAUCACAUAAUGCCUUGCUCCUGACAGUUUCUUAAAAAAAAAAAAAAACUUUUCAGAAUAUUUUUGGAAACAUAUCAAUACAGUUGCAGUAUUGGGAUGGUCUUUAAAUACAGUAAGGUAUAUAUGAGUUAGCCAGCAUCUUAUCAACUUCAUUUAUUUUGUAUUAUUUAAUCUUUUGUGCAAGCAAAAAUUUAUUCUCAGGGUCAGCCAUAUACUUUAUUGACCAGUACUUGAUAGUCCUUUCUGUAUACAGUGAGUAUGUUUUUACACACUGGCAGGAGCACUAACAGGUGAUUUUUGCCAUGGAUAUAAUGGAACUAAUGGCUGAACUUACUUCUGAAAGAAAACUUGACAUAUUCUGUAUGUGUGGUUCUUUUUUUCCCAGAUUGGUCAUUGCAGUUUAUUGUGGAAUUCAGGUACAUUAACUCUGAACAAUGCAUUCAAUGAUCCCGAUGUGACUCCGCAAUAUGGUACAGACAGUACAAUCUGUCAUGGACAAAAGCACUUGUCUCAUAUGCAAAGGGAAAAAUCAGACCUGUGAGCUGAUAUGGGUGUAACCCACAGAGCAGUCAGUAUUUGGAGGCGUCAGGAGCCCAGCUGGAAAUGCACAAGUGCUUGCCCAGGCACUUGGUGACUUCAUGCUCUUGUCUGCCCUUAAGAAAGGACAAGGUGACAGUGGUAACUCCUCAGCCAUGGAGCCUGUCCUCCCAAGGGGAGAGCAUGGGGAGAUCUGGUGGCGUAUGUUUACGGCACCCCAGUGAAUAUUGAUGGGUUGGUUUUCUUGAGCUUUCUUCAGUUUUUAACUUCACAAAAUCUUUAACCACUUUGGCCUCUGUUUCCUCCGCAGCAGGAGCAAUAAUUCUUACCUCCCUCACAGCAUUGUGAGGCUUACAUUUAAUUGGAAGUGGAGCUGUCAGGACUGAACUUGGUGUGAACUUCCAGGGCCUCUCUACUGAACCUAGUGGUGGAAGACUGCGGCACGUUUUCUGCCAUGAUUCUUCAGGGUUGGUGCUAAUGAGGCCAGCAUGCAGGGUUCCACUCACAUAGGCCAGUUAACUUGAUGUAGAGAAAAGUUCAUUUUCUUACCUCUAACUGGUCACUUCUUUUUAAAAGCGGUUUUGAUAGAUUUUAAUGAGCCAUCCACACUUGUAACCAACUUUCUGGAAAAUUAAACCCAUUUACAGUGUAAAGCGCAUUCUACUGAGAAUCUCAUUCCCUGUAUAAUCCAGCAGCUCCCUCACUGUCUCCUCUGCAGCCCUAAUUAAAUACUUGUUAAUGAGUUAUUUCAAGGAAGCAGCAACACACUGUUAUGUGAAGCGUUACCCUGUAGCAGACUGAUGCAGGGAACUUUGGGGAACUUGGGGAAGAGCUGUGCUCUCCUCUGCAAGCCUCGCUUCUAGAGCUGCAGUCAGACAGUGAAGGGUGUUCCUUACACUGGCUGUGAUGGUGCCCGGAUGUCUCUCUCAGAACAGGAAUCUAGACUCCCCAUCCUUAGGCCCUGUCCAUAAUGACGUCCCCUUUAUUUUUUGUAAUUAGGGGCCAAGUCUGCAGUUUGUCAAAGUGAGAAGGUAUUUGUUACUAUUUGUGUUUUUAUGGAGGUGUGCAUGUUUUACGCCGCGUUUGUUACAGGUCAUGCCAGUGACUUGAAAAUAGACCAGCUAUGUGUCUUCUGGACACAAGCUUCUAAAUGUACGUAAGCCUUUCCUACCCUCUGAUGUCACAAGCUGGAAGUUCAGCCAUGAGAAUUUGUUUGGCCAGCAUGAACUGAUCUGUGUAUUAAACUGCGGUAGUUUUCGGUUUUUAAGACAACUUUCCCCCAGAUUUGUUCAUUCCUUAAGAACAUUUACAUCUUUCAGUUACCGAUUUUUAAUUUGCCUUGUAUGUCCCUAGUGCUUUUGCCUCGUUCCUGAAAACCAGCAAACAGAUAAAUUACUGGGACUUUUUUCUUUAGGGUUGAGAUUACCACAGCACCUACAGUAGGUAGCACACUGGUUCUUGUGUGAGAAUGUAAAGAUUAUGGCUAAAAUUGGCACAUGUAAGAACUGAAGGAAAAUUGAAGUUCUUGGUCAUUAGGUGUUUUGUUAUGCAACUGCUGUGUAUAAGACCCAAGUCUAAUAACACAGAGCAGUGCUAACCUGUUAAAUGUUUUUUUGAAACAUGACCAAAAUGCAUUUUCUAAGUUGAUUAGCCACUGAUUAGCAUCAUCAUUUUGCUGUAAUAACCACUGAUGGUUUACAAUGUACUUCAGUAUAUUAAAAGUACAGGCAGUAGUAAGACCCCAAGGGGUGGGGAUGUGGCUUGGUGGGAGAGCACUUGCAAGGACCUUGUGCAAGGUCCUGAAUGCUGUCCCCAGCAGUAUAAACAAAACAGGAGUAAGACUCCUUUAGGAGCUCUGACCACUUCUAAACCGAUAGCCUAGAACAUUGCUUGGAAAGUCUGGAAUACAGUAUGAAUCAGCCAUCCAUUUGGAGUAUGCUUUUUAAUUUUUACAGUAGACCCCACGUUCCUCAAAUGUUUUGCAUUAAACAUUUUAGAGUGUGUACUCUGUUAAUCACUAUUUCCUGAGUUAUAUUCUGCCUAUAUGUAGACACUUAGCUUGCCAUAUUUAUCUUGUGGAUAUUUGUGUUUGUGUGGUUGAGUAGCUACAGAGAUGCAAGAUUAGAGUUUUACUUCCCGUUAACUUUGUGUCUAUUUCUCCAGUUCCCACGCAGAUGGCUGCUGUCCUGUCAGGUCUUUGGUUCUGUCGAGAGACUUUACUGAGAACUUGCCAGGGCUCAGAACCUGCUGCCAUUCGUGCUUCCUAGAUCUGUACUUGUUUAGUCUUCACUUGUGUUGAGAUCUGAGUUGCUUUGCUAGUUUGCUUCACUCUCACAGAAGCAGUCUUUGUAAACUAUUGAGACAAACAACAAGAGCAAGGGAGGGUAUUGCCUCUAUUCUCAUUUUUUUUAAUAUGGAGUACAAAGGACUAUAAGUAGAUGGACAUUUAAAUGCAUUUAAAUAGAUUAGUGGGGAAAGUUUCUUUUUCUUUCUAUUUUAGAGACAGUUAAGAGACUGCUCCUUGUACUGGGAGAUACUACUCUAUGUUUCUGUUGUUGCCUUGAAGUUAUCCUUUUUAUUUUAUGAGGCCUAUAGAUACUAUUAGUUUUAAAUUCUUAAGUUAGGUAGUUCCAUGCCAUCAGCCUCUGAUGCAUUAUACAUGGCAACCCUACCUACUUAUUAUAAUGUUGAAAUUUUACAUGAAUGCUGGUCUAUUUAGCAAAUCUGUAUAUACGACAGUGUUGUUUCCUGUGUUAUGGGCCAGUUUCUCUUGAAAUGUGACACCAACCCAAACAGCUUAGGUGCACAGAUGCUCCAGGAAGAGGGUCUUCUCUUGCGGGCAACGGUCCCCUUCAUGUGGGAGAGAAGUUAAUGUUCAGAGGAAGCAGCUUAUGCGGAUGAUGUUCUGUGUGUCACUGCUAAGUUUCCUUGUGAUAUUGAAAGGUGUCUCUGUUAAAUGACCAGUUUGGCUCUGUUCUUUCCUGCCUGUGUAGUAUUGUUUUCUAGGCGGACUUGUAAAAACCAAACAGUGCUUGGGGAGGUUAGACGUGUGCAUUUGGGGUCUCAGGUGUGUGUGUGUGUGUGGUUUUGUUUUGAAGUUUAGUCAAUAAUCGUGUGUUAUUUUAAGAAGUGGCUUUCUUUCUUUCUUUGCCCACACACUGGCCUUCUGAAGGCAGGGUGUGAGCUGUGGAUAUGGAGAAACAUUUCAGGUUGUGUUGUGUGCCUUUGUGAUGUGUUUAUGGGCACAGUUUCUCUCAUCAACUUAAACUGAAAAGGGACAUUUUGGUUAGGUUUAUAUACUGUACAUCAAUCUAUGCAUAAAUGGCAGCUUGUUUUCUUGAGCCACUAUCUGUGUUUCUGUUUUUAUACAUUUUAUACUAUUUGGGUCACAGAUGGUCAGUUUUAUACAGAAUGGACAGCACAGCACUUUGCCAAAAACACGUGUAGCAUUGCCGAAACAUUGUGUGUAACACCAGUUCUUGGUAAUGGCUUCAGUAGUGCAUUUUGCACUGCUGGGAGUUACGGUGUUUUAAUCUGUCAGUAAAUAAAAUGUCCUUUAACUUAA